AUGGCCUUCACCUUCGCCGCUUUCUGCUACAUGCUGUCGCUGGUCCUCUGCGCCGCCCUCAUCUUCUUCGCCAUCUGGCAUAUUAUCGCCUUUGAUGAACUUCGGACAGACUUCAAAAGCCCCAUAGAUCAGUGCAAUCCCGUCCACGCAAGAGAGCGGCUGAGAAAUAUUGAGCGUAUUUGCUUUCUCCUGAGAAAGCUGGUGUUGCCGGAGUACUCUAUCCAUAGUCUUUUCUGCAUAAUGUUUUUGUGCGCUCAAGAGUGGCUCACACUGGGGUUGAAUGUUCCUUUGCUUUUUUAUCACUUCUGGAGGUAUUUUCGUUGCCCAGCAGAUAGUUCAGAGCUAGCCUAUGAUCCACCUGCAGUCAUGAAUGCAGAUACCUUGAGUUACUGCCAAAAAGAGGCCUGGUGUAAGCUAGCUUUCUAUCUCCUUUCCUUCUUCUACUAUCUGUACUGCAUGAUCUACACUUUGGUGAGCUCUUAA